AUGGCUUCUUUCAAGGAAUCCCUCUCCUCCACGCCCUCAAGACCCAUCAGCCAUACCACUCCUCCUCUCCGCCAAUCCAAUGGCCGUCACCAUUCCCACUCCGUCUCCCUCGGCGCCGUCAACAUCAAUCACCGUGUCACCCGCCGAAAAAGCAUGACCUCCGCCGCCGCCAGCAGUGCCGCAACUGCCGCCGCCGUCGCAGUGGCUAUGGGAGAGUCUCCCAGCUCUGCUGCCCUGUCCACAUCCUCCUCCCACCUCCAUCACCAUCGACGAGCCCUGAACACUCGAAAGGCCGUCGAAUCCACCUCCAUGGGUGCUUCGUCGGGCUUUACCUCCUACCUCGCCCGCAAUGCCGCCCAAGACGCUACCCCGGCACGCAAGAAUUCCCCCAACUCCAUUGACGAAAAUACUGCCGUGGAAGAUGUUUCCCCCCUUGCUGGCGGUACUGGUGCGGGGAACAACAGCAGCAGCAGUAUCAGCAACGGUAAACCUAUUAGUACGAAGCAACGGAGUCGUCGUGCCAGCGAGGGCUCUCACCUCAUCCGUAGCGAAGGGAAACGCGUCAUGAAUGAGCUAAGAUGUGAUCGGUGUGGAAAGGGAUAUAAGCAUAGCAGCUGCUUGACGAAACAUAUGUGGGAACACGACCCAGCGUGGGCUUACACAUCCAAGCUCCUCAUCUCAAAACAUCAGCAAGUCCAGCUCCUCGAAGCCGCAUCCGUUCUAGUAAAUAUGAACCCAGACACGCCAGCGUCGUCCGUUGACCACCACCAGCCCACCGGAGAGUCCGACCGCUCCUCCACCUCCCCGACCGCCUCCGGUAUCUCAGAGCUUCGCGACGGCAACAGCUCAGCAGAAACCACCCCACCCCCAACCGGCGAAGAAGGUAUUUUCGCCAUCACACCAGCGAAACUAUCAGCAGCACAGACAGGAGUUCACGCCAGACCCCAUAAUCGCAGCAACAGCCAAAGCCAUAGCUUCCGCUUCAGCACAAACAACUUUUCACGCUCCUUCCAAUCCAUCCCCUCCAGCUCCUUUACGGACAGUGCGCCCACCCUCUCCCCCUCCCACUCUCACUUCCGCCAGUCCAGCACGGAUACACGGCCCUCCACCGCAGAAACCGGAGGUCUGUUGGACGACGAUGAAGCUGGACUCGCUGCUGCAAUUGAACUGUGCCAUUUCGGCACUCCCCGAAGCGGGCCUGUCCCCAUGUCCCCGGAUAUCCCACCGGUCCCACCAUUGCCCGCAAAGUUUGUCGGCAGCCAGAGUAUGGGUGUUGGUAUGGGGGUGGGGGCGGGGCUGGCCACCACCCCAAACAACAACAGCCACAACCACAACGGCAUCAACGGCAUCAAUGGCAUCAACAACAGCAGCCAGAACAACACGCACAGCUUCGACGUGCUCGCCAACGUCGCGAGGCAUGAGGCAUCCUCCACGCCUACCAUCUACAACCCGCUAAACAUGCAUCCAUCACUGUCUUAUCGAGUCUCUGAUGUACGGGACGUGAAGAUGGAUGAUGCGCAGCUAUUGGAUACCCGAGGACCCAUCAGCGGCAGCAAUGGUAGCAGGGUGAUGAUGAAGUCCACCAAGACUAAUAAUAAUAUUAAUAAAAGAAAUGCUGAUGAUAUUGUGGGGGCAGCGGGGGCUGAGCUGAAUGAUGAGGAGGAGGAUGGCGAUGAUUUUGCGCAUGAUCGGGGAGGGUCUGUGGUGCCAAUGGAUGAUGACGAUGAUGGCGUUUUUGGGCGGAUGGAGGAGUGA